AUGGCAUUAAUGCUUGUGCUGUUCUUCCUGGCUGCUGUACUGCCCCCAUCCCUUCUUCAAGAUAGCUCUCAGAAAAACAGUCUUGAAACAAUUUCAACCACUAAAACAUCAGUCCAAGAAGAGAUUGUAAGCAAGCACAACCAAUUGAGACGAAUGGUUUCUCCAUCUGGCAGAGACUUACUAAAAUUGGAAUGGAACCAUGAUGCUCAAGAAAAUGCUCAGCAAUGGGCAGACAAGUGUACAUUCAGGCACAGUCCUAUAGAACGCAGGACAACUAAUUUAACAUGUGAUGAGAAUUUGUUCAUGUCAUCUUACCUUGCAUCAUGGUCUUCUGCAAUCCAAGAAUGGUAUAAUGAACACAAAGAUCUUAUGUAUGAUGUUGGCCCAAAGCAACCUAAUAGUAUGGUCGGACAUUAUACUCAGCUGACCAACAUCAACUGUACCAAAAACAUGAAGGUUUACUUCAGUAGUUCUGGUAUCUCAUUAGUGACAGCUGAUUUUAUUUUUCUCCAGCUAACAAGAACUGCAGAAACUUAA